CAGUCUCUCAGAGGAACAAUAUACAGACUUGAAAACAGAGCAUGAUUCCGGUAUCUUUAAAUUAAUUUAUUCGCGUUAACAGAUUUAUAAAUUAAUCAAAUCAGAAAUAUAAAUUUACGGAAACUUAACGAUGGCGUCAAAUCCGCCGGGACAGGGAUUUCCCAAUAAAAACCGAGUGGCCAUUUUAGCCGAGCUGGAUAAAGAGAAGCGGCGGCUGAUCCAGAGUCAGUCCAUGAACAGCCCCGGGGCCAGUAUUCCACUCUCCAGACCUCCAGUGAAGGAGUUUCGGGAUCACGCGGAGCAGCAGCACAUCGCUGCACAGCAGAAAGCAGCUUUACAGCACGCACACGCUCACUCUUCAGGCUUCUUCAUCACACAAGAUUCCUCGUUUGGAAACCUGAUCCUUCCUGUGUUGCCUCGACUCGAUGCAGACUGAUUGGGGGGGGGGGGGAGUAACACUUAAGACAUUUUGUCUUCUGCAGAAAAAAAACCCCUCAGUUAUUUAAACACCAUGUCAGUGUUAACGAUGGGUUUGAAACAGAAAAUCUCCACCAGUUCCACACUGACUGACGGUUUACCGAGUUGUACUUUUUUUUUUUCAUAUAAAAUUUAAGAAAUGUUGACUCAACUGCUGUUGUACAUCAUCGUAUCGCAGGACAGAGGAGUGUUUCAGACCUGAGGCUGGAGUCUGUGGAUGGACUGAGGAAGCCCUGCUCUGAAAAAUGCACUGAUUUAGUAUUCAAUCAGUUUCUAGUAACAUUAACCUUUCUUUAACAAAAACAUUUUGUUAAUGAGAUCAGUUACAAAUCUGUCUUUGAUUGAAUAAUUUAGUAAUUUUAGUGAACACUGUUUUAGUUGUAAUGGUUGUCAGCUAUUUAACUAAUAACCAGAGCACACAUCUGUAUCUGUUGAUUAAAAUUAAGUGACUUUUUUUAUUUGUUCUUUUAAAUUAAUUGUGAUUAAACCCUUAAUUUAAUGCACAGAUUAACCAGUGUGUGAAAGUCACAAGGAAGUGAAAUCAGUUUUUCAACAAGUGUUAUUGCAUCAUAAAAUAUCAGAACCAAUCAAAUAUGAAUAUGCAAAUAAAGGCAGUGUCAUUUAAAGGGUUGAUGUAAACGUACACUGUUUCACCAGCCCCUUCCUCUGGAGUUUGUGGGUGUGGUUUAUCAUGUGCAUUAUUCAUGUAGUUGAGAUGCUUGUGGUUUGUUUUUUUCUUCUCCCCUCUACCCUUUGUUGUGUCAGGACUGGUUUGUAGAAGCAACGUGGAGAUGCUCAGGAACACAGUAGGCUGAUGAUCUUUGUACGCAGGGCAGUGAUCCUGCUGGAAACUCUCAGUUCCUCAGCAUUAAAAUGAGCGCAAUAUGUUAAUGCAAUAAAGUGACGUGAUGCUGAUUUUAUGGUCUA